GUCUACCUGAAGGCUCCGAUGAUCCUGAACGGGGUCUGUGUGAUCUGGAGAGGCUGGAUCGACCUGCAGAGGCUGGACGGGAUGGGCUUCCUGGAGUACGACGAGGAGCGGGCUCAGCAUGAGGAUGCCUUGGCCCAGGCGGCGUUCGAAGAGGCUCGACGCAGAACCAGAGACUUUGAGGACAGAGACCGGUCUCACAGAGAGGAUCUGGAGUCCAGACGACAGCAGGACCCCAGCCCUGGCUCAAACAUGGCCAACGCUGACGUGGAGCACAAGAUGCGCUGAAGAGAGGAAAGACCUACGAGGAGGAGGAGGAGAAGGAGGAGGAGAUCCGUCUGUUGAACUUCAACACAAUCAGCUUUAAAAAGUUCAUUAAAACCACAGAUGUAUUGUUUUAAAUAGUUUAGUUUUUGUAAUUGCCAAUAAAAAGUUCCACAAUUUUAUUAUAAAUUCAAAAAAAUCCACUUUUUGAACUUAAAGUCAAAAACUAGCUUUGAAAAAGAAAAGUUAAGUCAGAAAAUAACUUCAAUUUUAAUGACAUUUUUAAUCAGCAAAAACGAAAUGAUUGGAAACAGUUUAUGAGGAUGAAGAUGAGGAGGAGGAGCAGAAGAGGAGGUUUUUGUGACUCUGGUUUUUCCAGCAGAUCAUGAAUCUAAAGUGUUGACAGGACGUGUGGAAAAAUAAAAAUCGGCCUGUUUGAACGGACUUUUGAUCAAACUUCUUCAAACCUGCUGUUUUCUGAGACCAAAGUUCAGUUUUCUGGAAGGACGGAGGAAUAAACAAGUUAAAGUUGUUUGAAAUGAGAAGUAAACCAAAGAUUUCUGCCAGACUGUGGAGUUAGGAAGGUUUUUGAUUUUUAUUUUUAUUUUGUUCUUUCAGGUUUUGUAGAAACAAGAGAAACAGCAACAGUUAUCUUUUUAUCUGAAUCGUCCUCUGUUCUGAAAAUGUUCUCUCUGUACUGAGGACGUUCUCCUCUCUGUUCUGAGAAGUCAGUUUUGAUCCGGUGCAUGAAACCCAACACAAGUCUCUUUUUUAUUUUGCUUUUAUCUAAAAACAACAAAAAAAUCUUUUUUUAAUCUUUUCAAUGUUCCUGAAAAAACAACUGUUUGAGUUUUUGCUGAACAAACGAAAAAAAUCCCUUUUGACUAAAUUGUAGAAUCCCGGACGAGCCCCCAAGUAUGUUCCGCUCCUCACUGAAAACAAAACUAACGAAAGGAAAUUCUUUCUUAAAGUAAAAACUGUGAAAGUUUUGGACACUUAAUUGAUCACUCUGGUAAAACUGACUGAGCUGAAGCCAUUUUUGUGUUUGCUUUGGUUAAUUAGCUGUGCUGGCUAUUUUGAAUCUUUUUUUGUUAUUUUUUUAGCUUCUUCUCGUAUCAACAUCUUACUUAGAAGCUUCAGAAACUUUUUUACUUUGUCAAAAAAUAAGAAAACAGGUCCAACAUCCUGCUGUAGAAAUCUGAUUCCAAACUAAAAGAUUUGUAACCGUCAGUCCCUUUCUUCGUCUUCUUCAUCCUCCCUGCAUCCAGUCCCUCUCCUGUUUCAGCAUCAGUGUAAUGAAACUUUCUGUUCACGUUGUAACUUUUAUUAUGUUUGUGUGAAAGUCUUGAUGUUUACUUUUUAUAUUUUUCUCAUUUCUGUUUCUUUUUUCAGCUUUUUGUUAGAAAUAUGUAUUUUUAGUAGGUUGUUAUGUAAAUUUCAGCUAAAAUAUCUGAACACCAACAGACUUUUGGGAGGUUUGAGGACAUCUGUUGUGUUUAUUUUUACGUGCUUUGAUUUUUUUUAAAGAAAUCCACUUGAAUGUGGAUUGACUCGAGUCCUGUAAUCAGUAAAAUGUUAAUAUUUUGCAGCUAAAAGCUUUGUUUGUUUUUUAGUUUUAGUGCAUUCAGCAUUUAUGUUUCGUGCUUUUUCUGCUCAUUCAGAUUUAUUACAAACCGAUUUUUUUGUAAAGUUUUAUGAAAAACUUUAGAAAAAUAUCAAAUGAAAAAGUGAGAAAAGCUCAUUUGGAACAAGAUGAAGUAAUCUAAUCUUGAAAACUUUGAUCAAAUCUAAAGUUUUUUAAAUGUUUUGUUUGUGGAUCUGCAGCCAUCACCAACUCAGGGCUCAAAAUAAAAACAAAAUGUAAAUAUUUUAUUAUGGCACUUAAAUCGGCUAAACUUUGAUCAGAAAUUUAAAUUAUACCCAACAAACAUUUAGCAAAAUGCAGACAAAACACAUUUUAAGGUCUUAUGACUCAAAAUUAAUCAGAAUAAAACAGUUUUCUGCAGAUUGAUGAGGGACGGGUUUGUGUUUUCUGGGUCCAGUUCUGGUUCUGAGUGAGUUUGGACUCAAGGGCUUGUUCUCAUGAGGUUAGAUCUUGAAUAAAGAAUUAAAAAGAAAAACAAAUCAAACGGUUAAUAGCUGUGCCUCAACUAAAAUUCAAAUUUUAAAUUCAAAAACUCAAAUUCAUCCUUCAUUUUCUUAAUGCAGGCAUUAAGUCAGGCCUUAACUCAACAUUUUCUUUAUUUUUUCCACCCGAACUUUUUAUUUAAGUUGUUUUUUACCUUUAAGCUUCUCUUGUUUUUAGCAGCUUUUCUUUUUUCUCUGUCUGUAUGAAGUGUGUCCUCCUCAGAGAAGAUCUUCAUUCAAAAUGUCAACUGUUUGUCACAAUAAACGUGUAUCAAGUCAGAAA